AUGCUUGCUAAACAAAAGUUGUUGUCUAAGAAGUUUGAUAGCUUCAAUGAAAAGUUUGAGAAAUUGCAAGUGUCUAAGGUUCAAUCAACUUCUGUGGUUUGUGAGUAUUGUAGAGAAGCUCACGAGUCUAAUGAGUGCCCUACUCUAAUGGGUGAUAAUCCACUGCAGGUGCAAGUGAAUGGGGUUUGGAGAGGUCAAGGAGGUGGUCUUGACUAUGGUUCCAACAAUUAUUUGCAACCUCCUCCUCUUCCACAAAAAGACUCUUCUGAGCUGGAGAAAGCUUUGAUACAGCUUUCUAAGACAAUGAAUGACCACAUUCUGACAAAAAAUUCUUUUAUCAAUGAGGCUAGAGCACACAACAAGAAUCGGGAUGCUUCUAUCAAGAACCUGGAGGUUCAAAUUGGUCAAUUAUUCAAGCAAAUUUCUGAGAGACUUCCAGGAACAUUUCCUAGUGACACUAUUGCGAAUCCCAAGGAGUAUUACAAGGCUAUAAUGACCAGAAGUGGUAAAGUUCUUCCAUCUCCUGAGGUGGAGGAGAAGCUUGAUGAGGCAGAAAAAGAAAAGGAGAAAGAACAGAAUGUGAUUGUUAAGAAGAAGCAUGAGAUGAGUUCUGGUUAUGUGAGAGCUAUGGCACCUUAUCCUGAAAGAUUCAAGCAAGAUGCUCAGGAGCAGCAAUAUGCCAGGUUUCUUGAUAUUUUCAAAAAGUUGCACAUUAAUAUUCCCUUUGCUGAGGCUUUGGCUAAUAUGCCAAAUUAUGCCAAGUUUAUGAAAGACCUCUUAUCAAGGAAACACAAGUUGCAAGAAUGUCAGACUGUGACACUCACUGAGGAGUCUUUGUGUGAUCUUGGGGCGAGUGUGAAUUUGAUGCACUUGUCUGUGUGUAAAUCUUUGGGGAUAUCUGAGCUCAAGCCUACUAUGGUUUUCUUGCAACUUGCUGACAAAUCUUUGAGGAAACCCACUGGUAUAAUUGAAGAUGUACUUGUGAAAGUGGACAAAAUUGAUGUUUUAGAAGAAGUGGUGAAAGAAGAGAAAUCUUCUAGUCAGGAGCUUGAUGAAGAACUUAAGGUACGUGAUAUUGUUCUUUUUGAGGAAGAAAAGAGUGUUGUGUUUGAGGUUCUUGAGAAGAAAGAUUCUGACAAAGAAGGUGGUGCCCCAAAAGUAGAGUUAAAGGAGCUGCCUAAAACUCUUAAAUACAUCUUAUUGGGUGAUGAGGAGACUUAA